AUGGAUGAAGAUGGCAGGUAUCGAUACACAGGAGAUGGAGACGGCUUCGACCUGGCAACCAAUGCCCUUUCCGAUGGAGGAAGUUCUGCUCAAAGCGCUUUGCCUCAGCCGGGUGGCGUUCCCAGACCCGUCCCCCUCGAGCUGCUUUUCGCAACGGGCAGAAUCCAGAAAAGGACCGGCGCCGAGCUAGAAUACUUCCUCCGGGUCUUUUGGGUGCCGGCGGCGGCUUUCGCGGCAGCAGAGAUGCUUACCUUCCUGGUGCGGCGGGCCAGCUUCUUCGUGGUUUUGACUGACAAUGCCUUUGAAGUCGGCCCGACAUACAGCAAAGUCGUCGAGGUCCAUGUUUGGGCAAGCAUCGCGAUGUGGAGUUUGGCAGCCGUGCAAAUCCUGGGUGAGCAGCUGCGUCGGCGCCGCGACCUUGCUUGGAUCCAUCGCUUGGCGGGCCAGGCCAUGCUGUUGCUCUUCUUUUCGGUCGUUCUGCCAACCAGCCUCUACCUAUCUGCGCUGCAGCACCUUGGCCCUUGA